CGAAUGGAUUGCGCGACAGAGCUGAGCGCCCGCGUCGCUGCAACGGAUCGACGAAUAAAAAAAACAGAGAAUUCAUAGAAACGUCGCACCCUUUGUAGCGAACCACUGGAUAGAGCCUCUUGCGCUUGUUGCAGACUGCCGAUAUUCCUAAUUCCCAGAAGGUCAUGGCAUGAUUUGCUUGGUCAAGCAACACCGCAUUUCUCGUCCAAGACACUUUCCCCUGGACGGCGGCGCGAUUCCUAAAGAUGAGCGACCUUGACAGGGCCAUCGCUCAGCUGCGGGCCUGCCGACCCAUCCCCGAGGCCCAAGUCCGCGAGCUCUGCAUCAAGGCUAGAGAGCUCCUCAUCGAGGAGGGCAAUGUGGUCACCGUCACCGCCCCUGUUACUAUCUGUGGCGACAUCCAUGGGCAGUUCCACGACCUGAUGGAGCUCUUCCGCGUCGGCGGCGACGUCCCUGAUACAAAUUACCUGUUCAUGGGCGACUUUGUCGACCGCGGCUUUUACUCCCUCGAGUCCUUCCUCCUCCUGCUCUGCCUUAAGGUCCGAUAUCCCGACCGUAUGACCCUUAUUCGCGGCAACCACGAGUCUCGGCAAAUCACGACCGUCUACGGCUUCUACGACGAGUGCCUACGCAAAUACGGCAGCGCCAACGUAUGGCGGUAUUGUUGCGAUGUAUUCGACUAUCUAGCCCUCGGCGCCAUCGUGCUGGGGGCCUCGAACCAGCUCGGCUCCCCGAACCACUCCGUCCCGGCCCAGGACUACGCGGAUAAAGACUGCGAGAUCGAGGUGUGCAACGCGGACGGUGACAUCAUUACGCGUUUUUCACGUCAGCAACGCCCCGAAGCCGAGCAGGAGGACGCUCGUAACGGGGGCGCGCCCUCGCCCGAGGGCUCCUCCUCGGCCGCCGGGCCGACGGGGACGCCGUCCAAGACGGGCCCGCCGGGCAGCGGCGCGUCCGGGUCGAGCGGGGGCACCGUGGGCAACCCCGCUGGUGCGGUGCUGUGCGUGCACGGAGGCCUGAGCCCGCUGAUCGACACUAUGGAUAAGAUCCGGCUGCUCGAUCGCAAGCAGGAGGUCCCGCACGACGGCGCCAUGUGCGACCUGCUCUGGUCGGACCCGGACGAUAUCGACGGCUGGGGCCUGUCGCCGCGCGGCGCCGGCUACCUGUUUGGCAAUGAUAUCGUCAAGGUCUUCAACCACCGCAACGACCUCAGCCUCAUCGCGCGCGCGCACCAGCUGGUCAUGGAGGGGUUCAAGGAGAUGUUUGACGCCAGCAUCGUCACCGUCUGGUCCGCGCCCAACUACUGCUACCGCUGCGGCAACGUGGCCGCCCUGCUCGAGCUGAGCGAGGACGAGUCGGGCCAGGGCGUCUUCUCGCGCAGCAACGGCGACGUCAACCGCAGCAACGGCGGCUGGGGUCAGGGCGCCCUCAUGGAGCAGGACGCCGAGAUGCGCGUCGGGCCCGCCCGCCGUUACCGCGUCUUCCAGGCCGCUCCCCAGGAUUCUCGCGGUAUGCCCGCCAAGAAGCCGGUGGCUGAUUACUUCCUGUGAUGUGAGGUUGUGUGUUUUGUUGUCUCAGGCGCAAGCCAUGGGGCCCUUUUUUUUUUACUACCUUUCUUAUUGUUUUCUCAUGAGAAUCACGGAGCACGGCGUUUUAUCAGACAGUAUAUUAUCCUUUUUAGAGCGCGGGACAGUAAAUACCACACCAACCACACGUGAGCAGUGGAGCUGAGAGGCUAAAGUACCCCCAGCCAGGGGUCUAGGUGUCAGUUGUCAGUGUGAUAGGCAAGCGUGUGUAGUUUCAAUCGCAGACAUUCAUUUAUGGGCACACAGAUCUGUCUUGCUCAUGUUUAUUCUCGG